AUCCCGCCGCGCUCGCACGCACACGGCACGAUCACGAUGGGCAAGGAAGACGAUGAGUUCCCCGACGAGCUCGAGGAGAGGCUCGUCUCCGAGGAGUACAAGAUAUGGAAGAAGAACACGCCGUUCUUGUACGAUCUCGUCGUCACGCACGCGCUGGAGUGGCCGUCGCUCACCGUGCAGUGGCUUCCCGAUCGCGUCGAGCCGAGCGGGAAGGACUACAGCGUCCAGAAGCUCAUCCUGGGGACGCACACGAGCGAGAACGAGCAGAACUAUCUCAUGAUCGCGGAAGUGCAGCUCCCUCUCGAGGACGCGGAGAUCGACAGCCGCCAGGAGAACGAGAGAGGCGAGGUGGGCGGCUUCGGAAGCGCCGCGGGAAAGGUCCAAGUCACGCAGCUCAUAAACCACGACGGCGAGGUGAACCGCGCGAGGUACUGCCCGCAUAACCCGUUCCUUCUCGCGACGAAGACCGUCUCCGCGGACGUGUACUUGUUCGAUUACGCGAAGCACCCGUCGAAACCUCCCGCGGAGGGCGGGUGCGCGCCCGAUCUCCGCCUGAGAGGGCACAAGACCGAGGGGUACGGCUUAUCGUGGUCGCCGUUCAAAGAAGGGCGUCUGCUCUCCGGCAGCGACGACGCGCAGAUCUGCCUCUGGGACGUUCAAGGCCCGCUCGGGGAGGGCGCGAAGACGGUCGACGCGCUGCAAAUCUACCAAGGGCACCUCGGCGUCGUCGAGGACGUCGCGUGGCACUCCACGCACGAGCACAUGUUCGGAAGCGUCGGCGACGACAAGCAGCUUUUGCUGUGGGACACGCGGAAGCCGGCGAAGGAGGCGACGCUGCAGAGCGUCAACGCGCACGACGCGGAGGUGAACUGCCUCGCGUUUAACCCGUUCAACGAGUACGUCCUCGCGACCGGGAGCGCGGACCAGACGGUCGCGAUCUUCGACAUUCGGAACUUGUCGAACCGUCUGCACACGUUUUCGAACCACACCGAGGAGGUGUUCCAGAUCGGAUGGUCGCCGAAGAACGAAACGUACCUCGCGUCGUGCGGCGCGGACAGGAGGCUCAUGGUGUGGGAUCUGAGCAGGAUCGGGGACGAGCAGACCCCGGAGGACGCGGAGGACGGCCCGCCGGAGCUGAUGUUCAUCCACGGCGGGCACACCAGCAAGAUCUCCGAUUUCGCGUGGAACGGAAACGACGACAUGGUCGUCGCGUCCGUCGCGGAGGAUAACAUCCUGCAGAUCUGGCAGAUGGCGGAGAACAUCUACCUGGACGAUAAAGGGCUCGACCUGGACAAGGACGACGGGAAGAAGUGACGAGCGGUGAAGCGAUAUCGGCCGGGUGUAGACUACUAGUGUUGCGACGAUCGGAGACUGACGACGUUCGAUUCGAUUCGAUACGAUUCGAUUCGAUUCGAUCCGAUUCGAUUCGAUCCGAUUCGACGCCUC